UGUAUUUAACGUUAGCCGGUGAGCUAUUUAGUGGCGCGUGUUCGGCAUGUACGCAAACAGCAGUAGGUGAUGAACUGUCUUAAACUUUGUGAACUAAACGUUCUGCAUUAUUAUUCAGACUCGGCGCUUAUAUAUUAAUCAUAUAAUUGGUGUUGCGUAAUGUAAAACGACACAAAAUAUACAAUUGUACGGGAAAGUGUAGAGAUGCUACUUUUCAUGUGCUGUUUAUAGCACAUUCAUCAAGAUGUCCGAACAAACAGCAGCAACACCGUCGCUUCAUUUCGGUCAGGUGGUGAUUGGACCGCCAGGUUCGGGUAAAACCACUUACUGCCGGGCCAUGCAGGAGUUCCUCACACGGCUAGGACGCAACGUCGUGGUGGUGAACAUGGACCCAGCUAAUGAAGAACUUCCAUACAAGUGCGCUGUGGAUAUCUCCGAGCUAGUAACUUUGGACGAUGUGAUGGAUGCCUUGAAGCUGGGGCCAAAUGGCGGCCUGCUUUACUGCAUGGAGUAUGUUGAAGCCAACAUGGACUGGUUGGAAAAUAAACUGAGGCAGCACCACGACUCCUACUUCUUGUUUGACUGCCCUGGGCAGGUGGAGUUGUACACGCACCAGAAUUCAGUGAAAAACAUUUUCUCAUUGUUGGGGAAGUUACAUUUUAGGCUCACAUCAGUGCACCUUGUGGACUCUCACUACUGUGCUGACCCAGCCAAGUUUAUUUCAGUGCUGUGCACCUCAUUGUCCACCAUGCUGCAUGUAGAGCUCCCUCAUGUCAACAUCCUCUCCAAGAUGGACUUGAUAGAGCAAUAUGGAAAACUAGCCUUCAACCUCGACUUCUACACUGAAGUCAUGGACCUGAAAUAUCUCUUGGACCACUUGGCAGCGGAUCCAUUCUUUAAGAAAUUUCGCCAUCUAAACGAAAAGCUGUCAGAAGUCAUAGAAGAUUACAGCCUGGUCUCAUUUGUAUCUCUCAAUGUUCAGGACAAAGACAGCAUGAUACAGGUGUUGCGGGCUGUGGACAAGGCCAACGGCUACUGCUUUGGAGACCUGGAGGAGAGGAAUCUUCAGACGAUGAUGUCAGCUGCAGUGGGGGCAGAUUUCCAGUUCGACUCCACUCUUGGAGUUCAAGAGCGCUACGUUGAAACGGGUGAAACGACAGUGGAGGACGAAAUGAUGGAGAUUUUGAAUGGCUGACUGCUAAAUGCCUACACAAAGCUGGUCAUUCUCUCAAUAUGACCUGGACGUCUAAAUUGAAAUAAUAGACACAAGAAGUUUGCAACUAAAUGACGCCACAUGUUUUUUUUAUUCUGGAUGUUAAUCCCUGUGGUUUGCUUUUUAAAAAAUUAAUUCAUGUUCACUUAACAGCUAGAGUAGACUCCAAUGACCUAAAACAUUUGGCAAUGACACAUACCGGCCCCCGUUGUCAGGUCAAAAGUUAGGAGACAAACAAUUUUUGCAGCAAACUACUAAAAACUAAAUAGAAUGCUGCUGUUGUAAAAAGGAACCUGGACUACUACAAACAUUUUAACCCAGCCAGCAAACAUUGACCAGGGGGUCCAAACUUGUGUUUUCUCAAGAGACCCCUUUCAUGUACUUCCCUUUUUUGACAGUUACACAUUUUUUUCGCAAUGUGAUUUUAUAUGGUUUAUACUUCCAGUUUAUUUUUUAACAUUCAUUAAAUUACAGCAUGACACUUCACCAUUGCCAGCUUCUCUUUUCAACAUGUUUGAAAAUGAGUUUGAGUUUAUUUCAACAUGAUACAUCACAAUUUCCAGUUUCUCUUUUCAACAUGUUCGAAAAGGAGUAGGAAGAAGCAGAACUUAUUAAAUCCUACCCCUUUUCUUUUACAUAACAGUUGCUAAAACUUUUGUUCACUUCCUGUUCUCAAUCAAUUCACAAUAUACUCCAUAUGUAUCACAAUGCAAAUAAAUAAUUGGUGAAGUAAGUUAUAUUCCAUACGAUGAGAUAAGUAAGGUUAUUUUGUGAAUGAAAGAAUGGAUGGAUGAAUAAAUUCAGAAUGUUUAUCAUGAUUCUUCUUCUUUGUACUUUGUAACCACUUUGAGUUUGAAGAGUUUCUUGAAGUGGAUCAUAUUAGUACAUUGUUUGAUUGCUUUGCUCAUGAGUAGGAAUGAGUAGGAAGAACCAGCAUAGCAAUCACUAACAGAUUUAUUCAAUUCCUGUUCUCAAUUUCAACACAAUUUACUCCAUAAUACAAUUCUAAAAAAAAAAUACAAGUAAGUUGCAUUUAACAUAGUGAGACGAAUUAGAUCUAAUUUUCAAUCAAUGCAAAAUGUUUCAUUAUUCUUAUUUGUACUUUGUAAACACCUAAGUUUGAUCAGUUUCUUAAAGUAAAUCAAAUUAGUACGUUGUUUGAGUUGUUAGCUUAAUCCAUUCCAUAAUUUGUUGUACAUUCUUGGGUAGCAGGUUAUAGUUUGUUUAGUACAUAUUUAUAGUAGUUUGCAAAUUCAUUGUAAUUGUUGAAUUUUGAUAUUUUGGAUUCAAUAAAUAAAAGAUUUGAGGAUGUA